UCUGUGUGUGCGGUGUUGUGACCAAGCUAACGGCUAGUAGAGCAAAGAUAAGUUAUCUGCAGAUAACUUGCUCCUCUUCACGAACAAGUCAUCCGUGAGGUGAGGACUUUGCUACCAAGCGAGACUCCGUUAACUCAAAGGCAAGCAGUGACUCUCAAAAUGGAUUUAGAAGACGACACCACUGUGUUAACAACCUUGAAGUCCUUCAAUUCCUUCAUCAGCCGCCCUGAACAUCCACAGCGGCUGUCAGAUCACUCUGCAGGGAGUGGAAACCUGCAGAGUCAGUACAAACGCAGCAUGGAGCUGUUGGAAGCAGCAGAGAGGGUUCACUCAAAGAAUCGCUACCUUCAGUUGGACCAGGAGAAGAAGCAGAUGGAGCUGAGUCACAAGCGAGCUCGCUUUGAAUUAGAGAAGGCUGCUUCUGACAGUGCACGAGACUUGGAGCAUGAGGUUGACCGCAACCAGGAACUCUUGGGACGAAUAAAAAAGUUGGAGGACAGAGAGAUUGAGGCAGCUAAAAACCUUUCAGAGCAGGUGGAAGCAAGUCGUGCGCUCCGUAAGAACAUGGAGGGCCUGAACAAGAAACUGGAGGAGCGAGAUUCUAGGCUUAACACUGCUAACCAGACCAUCAGUUCUUUGAAGGAUGAGAUCAGAGAGCUGAAGCAAAAGAUUCAAAACAAAGACUCAACAAUUUCUACUCAGACGCUGGAAAACCAGGAACUGCAGGAACAGCUAGAUUUACAGCGCAGGAAGUAUCAGGAAGUCUCUCAGCUUUGCCAAAGUCUCCAAUCUGCCCAGUCCUCCUGCUCAGAACACAUCAUCAAGAUCAAGGAGUUGGAGAGACGCCUUUCUCUCCAGGAGCAAGACAUUGCUAUUGUGAAGACUGUUAAGUCGGAGGUGGCCAGGGUUCCAGAUCUGGAGAAAGAGCUGAAGCGCCUCAGAGAUGAUAAUGCCUUUCUUAGAGAAAGCAGAGAGAAUUGCAGCUUGCUGAAAGAGGAGGUAGAGGGCUUAAGGAAGAAGCUGGAGAGGAUGGAGAAAACCAAAGAAGAGCUGAUCAAUAUGGAACUGGAGAAAGAGAGGCUGGCUGAGAAGCUUCAAGCUUGGGAAAACCUGGGGCAAUCUACUGGACUCAACAUAAGGAAACCGGAGGAUCUGUCCAGGGAGGUGAUUCAGAUCCAGCAGAGAGAAAUUGCUCUGAAAGAGCAGAACUACACACUCAACAGCCGUGUGAGGAGUGUGGAGCGCUCGCAGGCUGAACUCCGUGCAGAGCUGGCCCAGCAGCGCAGCAAGACUCUGGAGGAACAGAAGAAGAGGGAGACACAGGACGCUCUGGUCCGUCGACUACAGAAGAGAGUGUUGUUAUUGACAAAGGAGCGCGAUGGAAUGCGGGCUAUACUAGAGUCCUAUGACAGCGAGCUGGCGCCUACCGAGUAUUCUCCUCAACUCAGCAAACGGCUCAGAGAGGCAGAGGAUGUCCUGCUGAAGACACAGAGCCACAAUGCAGAGAUGGAGGCCCAGCUGACCAAAGCACAGGAAGAGACGGGGACGCUCAAACUGCAGCUACAAACAGUGGAGCUGGAGCUGGAGUCUCUGAAGAAGCAGCAGGCCUCUGCUGCUGACAGCAGCUCUUUAGCGACCAAAGAAGAGGUCAGCAUACUCAGACAAAAAAUUGAAGACUUAGAGGCAGAGCGGCAGCGUUUGGAGGAGCAGAACAACAUUCUGGAGAUGAGACUGGAGAGACACAACCUACAGGGCGACUAUGAUCCAGUCAAAACCAGAGUUCUUCACCUCAAAAUGAACCCCACUGCUGUUGCCAAGCAACAGCGUCAGCAGGAAGUGGAGGCCCUUCGGGAGGAAGUGACACAUCUCAGGGAACUUGUGCGCACGUUGCAGGACGGAGGCGCUCUGGUCCAUUCUCAGGACGAUUCCAGUAUGCACAGCUCCAGCCUCGGCCUCUGUUUGCCGCCAUCAAAGGAGGUGCUGGAUUUACGUAAGCAGAUGGAAAGCUCUGAGCUCAGGAACCAGAGGCUGAAGGAGGUAUUUCAGAAGAAAAUCCAGGAGUUCCGCACAGUCUGCUACGUCCUGACCGGCUAUCAGAUAGAUAUCACCACUGAGAACCAAUACAGGCUCACCUCCGUGUAUGCAGAGCACAUGGACGACUCCUUGCUCUUCAAAAAGGGCUCCAAUGGAAGCAUGCAGCUCAUGGAGACAGAGUUCUCCAAAACCCUGGGAGAGAUGGUGGCCCUUCAUCUGCAUCACCAGAAGAGCAUCCCAGCAUUCCUCUCUGCCGUGACCCUCGACCUCUUCAGCAGACAAACCACUAUCUGAAGUAAUCUGACACCUUCUCAGGCACAGUGGUGUAAAGUCUAGGAUUGGGAUUAGUUUUGAUUUUAAUUUUCUAUGUAUUUUCUUUGCCCUCUCACUUGGCUUCUGCCUUCUCUUUUUUUCACAAAAUAUUCACAAAGUGUUCAAUCAUAUCGCAGUAUUUCUCAACAGCUCUGACAUAUGAGUUGUGCAGUCAGUGCCGUGUUUGUGGAGGAUGAACACCUUGUUUGAUGGAAUGUUUCCAUCUUGCAUUCAAAAGGCUAAGAAAGCGACUUGGUAUCCCUGUUUGUAUUCUGAAUAUUUUAUCAAUGAAUCUUUGAGAAAUACGUUUUUUCUUAGCAGGACAAAGUUGUCAUGAAAAUGACACACAAAAGCCACUGAUAUUUGAAUGCUUUUGUCGUGAGAGUUUGACAUAUACUUCCCACCAUGUUUAAUAUAAACUGUGGAGCAGAGGAAAUGUUUGUGUGGCUCUCUGGAUCUGCAGCGGAUGUGUUUUGCGUGGUCUUUACCAUGGCUGAGUCAUUGUUGACUCUUUUUAUUCUGCCUUUUGUGUCCUCUCUCUAGGGGCCUCAUAUAAAAGUUUUUACACAGAUUUGUUGUGGCUACAAGAAGUCUAAGCCAAUCCAGAGACUGUGUUAAAGAAAUCCAUUUGUAUACAAUAUCUGUGGAUUCUAUCAUUAAUUUUUUUUUCCCUUUUUCUCACUCAUGUCCUGCAAUAUAUCAGAAUUUGAAGUUUGUUUUCAUCAGUAUGAUUUAGUUAUGCCAUAGAUAUUGUUUCUUGCUUGUCUCUCCCUGGCUCUUCUGUUCAUACGAAUCAGUAAGAGAGAAAUAUGAGGAGUAUACAGAGAUAAGAGGCAGCCUUGACUUCCUCUAACCACAUUAGAAAUCCACACUACUGCUUGAAUCUUGGAAUAAAUUCAGUAUUUGACCUGUAAUAAUGUGCGAUCAAUAAUAAUCUCGCCGAAUUUCAGUGUUCUCAGUGUGUAAUUGCGGGCUAGUGUACUACUGUAGUGUAUUACUGUUCUCUUUACUGCAAAGUGGUGAAAACGGAACAAUUAAUCAUGACGCAAAAUCAUUUGGAAUAUCAUACCUGGAAAAAUCAAACAUAUAAGACAAGGCUGUUUGCUGCCUUUCAAAAACUGUUUCAUAGUGAAAUUACCACCACGACAAAUCUGUCACCUGUUAGCUUUUUAUUCAAGUGAGUAGAGACACUGUGAAUAAAAGAACAUGUUAAUUCUACAACACAAUUUUAGUUCAGGACAGUGGCUCAAAUUUUUUCUGGCAUGCCCACACCCUCCCCAUCCCACGAUUUUUAUCAGUCAUUAACAACGAUACAGGAAGCAACUAAUAAAACAACAAACUGUCAACAAACUCUUGCAUUUAUUGAAAAUGCAUUUAUAACGCAACAUGUUAAUUUUGUUUUUUAUGAACUUUGAAUUAUUCCUUUUCCCGAAGUUAGUUAACAAUCAUGCCUGUGUGUACUAGUACGAGGACAAAUACGAGACAAGGGAAAUUUCUUGGCAACAAUAACGGGAAAUGGCAGAAAUAAACAUGGGGUGAAGAGGGAAGCAAGGGAGCGAUCCAAUAAAACUGAGAAACGAAAGGAAGUGAACUGUGAAUAAAGCCACUUAUCACAGCAACAAUAUAAGAACUCCAGCUGGUGCAGCCAUAUGUCUCAUGAGAAAACAUAUUCUCCUGUACAGUACAUGCCACAUACUGUCCUUGUUUUUUUCUUCUUCUUCUUCUUCUUUUUUUUUGUCACACUAUUUCAUUUUCGCAACACAGCACAUCUACUGUGCACCCGACAGCUCUCACCUAGAGGUCAUAUUUUAGAGGCUUGCACGUAAGCUGUGCAACACAUGCAGUAGUGUUGCAUAUAAUGUUCUGUUUCAGCAGUGUGAGAUGUGCUUUGGCUUUAUAAUCAUCAUCCCAUAAAAUUACUGUAUCCUCUCUUCUGUUUGAUUUUUUUUUUUUUUUUUAAGGUGGAGUGUGUAAAUGGCGAUCAAUAAAGCAUAUGUGUUACCGUGA